ACAAUGCACCGCUUACAUCUGCCGAACAGCGGAGGGAGGGAGGGACGAGGAGGAGAAGAGCCGGAACAGCCGCUCGAGGAGCCUACAAACAAACAAACCGGGGGAUUAUAACGGUUUAUAACGGUUUAUAACGGGUUAUAACACCAGAAUACAGCGUGUGUGUUGUUUUAAUUAUAUUUUAUAAGGUGAGAGGAGAGUUCAGGCCUGAUGCGGCGGUGAUAUCCACUCGUAGCGGCAGCUUUUAGCCGGUUAGCUGGUGUUGACUGACGGGGAGAGCUGUGUGGAUGAGCACCACCCCCAAAAAACACCAACAGACAAAGGAAAUAUUCAAAGUUACAUCGCUGGAAAUCAGUUUUUUUUUUUACAUAGAGAACUGUAAAUAGCUCCAGCUAACACAAUGAGCUCCGAAGAGACCGCAGCCUCCACCAAACCGGCUCCGGAGGACGAUGGCAUGACAUGGUGGUACCGAUGGCUCUGCAAGACAGCCGGGGUCCUGGGAGGAGUGUCCUGCGCCGUCUCAGGAGUCUGGAACUGCGUCACUGUGAACCCUUUAAACAUCGCCGCCGGAGUAUGGAUGGUGUUGAAUGCCUUCGUGCUGUUCCUGUGUGAAGUCCCGUUCUGCUGCCAGUUCAUAGAGUUUGCUAACGCAGUGGCAGCCCGCGCAGACAAACUCAAGCCUUGGCAGAAAGCCUUCUUCUACUGCGGGAUGGCUCUGUUUCCAGUCUUCUUGAGUUUCUCCAUUACAACCUUGUUUGGAAACGCCAUCGCCUUCGCUACAGGAGUUCUGUACGGCCUGGCAUCUUUAGGCAAAAAGGGAGACGCUGUGACUUACGCCAGACUGCAGCAUCAGAAACAGGGGGAUGAAGAGAGGAUGACAGGAACCACAAACGGGGCUCCAGAGUGAGCCCUCCUCCUCUUCCUCUUUUUUUUUUUCCCUUCGGUUCUUACAGAUGAAUCUUUCUCCAAGUCCUCCAUCCAUCCUACCUCCUCCUCCAUGCUCCUUCCCUCUCCCAUCCCUCCAUAACAUCGAUACUGAGUUUAUUUAUUUACUUAAACUGCUGCAUUAUUAUCGUCCUGACCUAAUAGUAUCCAAACAGAUUGAUGUUGGAUCCAGUCCAUUGUUUGGUACCUGCCGUGUAAAUGGGAUCUGUCAUGUUUUGUUUUUAUGUUUUUACUUAUGGGUUGUAUUAAUCUGUUCUCCUUUGUUGCUGUUGACAGUGUUGAGCCCUGUUUUUUGCAGGAAAACAUGUGAGGUACUGUACUGUCUUUGUAGCCCCAAGAGCCUUUUCAGAAAAUCUGAAUAGAAAUUAAUGUGAUUGUAAAAUGUACAUAACUGACUCGAGGUUAUCCGGUAUGACUCUGAGGCUGCGAUUCAGAGCUGUGUGAUGUUUAAGGACAAUUGAAAUGAUGCGUGUCAUCCAAAUGUCAGCUCCACCUUAGUGUCAUCAUGUUUAGGCAGCGUGGAUACAAUUGGAAGAAACUACUUGAAGCACUGAAUGUAUACAUUUUUCAUAGAAGAGAAGCUCACAGUGAAAACUAGUGCAAGAAAAAUCUAUUUCCAUUUAUGAUCUUAUUAACUUCUCAGCCAUUAGAGACAAGCAUCAGAUUUAAGUCUGUGUUAGAUUUAAGCAAGUGUAUGAUGAGGGAAAAUUGGAUUUUUUAUUGAAUUAGUUUGAUUUCAUAACCAAUGAACUGGAAAUAUAUAGACUUCAUCUUCUUCUGAGUCAACCAGACUUUCAUAAAGUAUUGAGCAUCCCACCCACUGCACUCCCACGGCUCUGAACUGCAGCCCCGAUGCAUUUUUUAAACACAGAUAGACAUGGAUAUUUUUAACAUUGGGGAAUGUAUCUGGUAUACCCAAAGAUAAAGUCUUCAUUUUUUCUUUGUUUUAUACUUUCAUAUAUUCAUUUUUUCUUUCUCAGUUGGUUUAAGCUCAGACGUGGCAUUCCUGCACUAAACGUUUGGUAGCACGGACUCUGGUUUCUUUAAAAAGCUUUCGGUGCACGGGACGGCUCGUUCACGUACAAGCUUCCUCGCGAUCGAGCAGCCGGUAGCAGAUUUUGUGGUGCGUUAUGUGGAAUGUCCUCCUUUUUGAAACGUGUACCUAUUAUUAUUUUUUGUUUGUUUUCGAGUCUGUCUCUGAAUAUCCGUUGUAUUUAUUAUAAGUCUUAAUUAGAACACUCUACCAAAACCCAUUAAAGCUUAAUGAGGGGAAGUGUCUUGAUUCAGGGACUAAUUGGUCUGUAUCCCACACAGUUAUCAGAGCCAUGGUUUGCCUUUGUCACUCACAUGAGGUAUACAGUGAGGUAUACAAUGUGCGUUUUGUGUUGUUUCGUUGCCUUGCCUCUGUCGUGUCAUUGGUAAUAAGGAUGCUUUUGGAAUAAUUGUUUACACGUACUUCUUACAGCUGUUUCUAUCUUCUGUCUGUUACUGGCUGGUCAGUGACUGAGUGGAUUAUUAGCACAUUCAUCACCACCAGCUCUCAGGUAUCAUACUUCAUGCACAGAUACAAAGUAGUUUAUGCGUAUAUCAUAGAUGUACGGUAACUAGGAAACACUAAGCAUGACUAUGAAAGUAUCGUCCGAGCAUUUGUGAAACGUUUCAGACACACACAAGCGAGUGUUCACGAGUGAUUAAACACUACACACACACACACCAGCAGUAUGCUCCGGUCCUACACUGCACAGUCUUACACUACAGGUUAAAAAAAGAACAAAAACACUCGUCUCCUCGUCCUGCAGCCGUCCAGCUUUAUUUUUAUUGCGGUGACACACACAUCCAGUGAUGAUAAUUUGAUUGAUUUUACAUUACAAGUGUUUGAGUGCAUAUUUUGCUGUAAGGGAUAUGUGUAAAAUGUGUGUUGUGAUGUGAAUCCUGAUCCUGUCAGCAAUUAGUGAAUUAAACAAACUUGCUACUACUA